AUACAGUUUGUAUUUCAAUGUGAACACAGUAGUAGUAGCAAGGGUGAAAGGGGGAACAGGAGACAACGAGUUGGAGAUGAAACGAAUUUGGCUUUCGAGCUUUCUCUGCAUGACAUGUUUUUGGAAUGUUGGUUACCCUCUGGAAAAUGGAAUGCUUUUCCCUCGUGAAUCUCCUAGCCGCGAAAUUAAAGAUCUGAACGGGCUAUGGGCAUUCCGAGCUGAUUUUUCGAAGGACAGGAAUCUAGGAUUUCAGAAAGCAUGGUUUCAAAGUCCGUUGGUCGAGACUGGUCCAGUGAUUGAUAUGCCCGUGCCUGCCAGCUACAAUGAUAUUACCCAGGACGCCAAGCUCAGGGAUUUCAUAGGCUGGGUGUGGUAUGAGCGAGAAGUGUGGAUCCCAGGCAGCUGGCUGCAGGACAUGGACCGCAGGAUUGUGCUGAGAGUGGGAAGUGCUCACUAUUACUCUGUGGUUUGGGUGAACGGGGUCAAGGUGACUGAACAUGAGGGUGGCCAUCUUCCUUUCGAAGCUGACAUCAGCUCAGUCGCACGAAAGACUCCCGGAACACCAUGCCGCAUCACCAUUGCUGUAAACAACACCCUGGACCUCCACACCUUACCACCAGGGUCCAUCCAGCACAUGAAUGACCCCAAAAAGUAUCCAGAGGGGUAUUUUAUACAGAACACUAAUUUUGACUUCUUCAACUAUGCUGGCAUACACCGCCCAGUUCUUCUCUACACUACACCUGCUGUGUACAUUGAUGAUAUCACAGUGCAGACAUCCUAUUCAGACAGCACAGGGAUAAUCAGUUAUCAAGUGUCUGUACUGGGCAGUGGCCAUGCCACAGUGAAGGUCUCCCUCACAGACAAGGAUGGCAAAUGUGUAGCUUCUUCUAAUGGAGCCAGUGGUGUCCUCAAAGUGCUAAAUGUCAACCUGUGGUGGCCCUACCUGAUGCAUGAAAAUCCAGGAUACAUGUACUCUAUGGAGGUACAGGUGUUGGCAGAAACCAAAAAUGGUGUUAAAGAGGAAGAUGUGUACACUCUACCGGUUGGCAUCCGCACGGUCCAAGUCACCAAUACCCAGUUCCUCAUCAACAACAAACCCUUUUACUUCCACGGAGUGAACAAGCACGAGGACUCAGAUAUCCGAGGGAAGGGUCUGGAUUUGCCUCUCGUUGUGAAGGAUUUUAACCUGCUCAAGUGGCUUGGUGCCAACUCCUUCCGUACCAGCCACUACCCCUACGCUGAGGAGAUCCUUCAGAUGUGUGACCGCCAUGGCAUCGUUGUCAUAGAUGAGUGCCCAGGAGUGGGCAUCAAGGACAUACGCAGUUUUGAUAACACCUCUCUGGCCCAUCACCUGGUUGUCAUGGACGAGCUGGUGCAGAGAGACAAAAACCACCCCUCUGUGGUCAUGUGGUCUGUAGCCAAUGAGCCGGCAGCUGAGAUGCCCCCAGCUGGAUACUACUUCAAGACACUGGUAUCUCACACAAAGUCCUUGGACCCAACGCGACCAGUGACGUUUGUGACCGACAGUAACUAUGCCAGGGACAAAGGAGUAAGACUCUCGGCUGCACCAUAUGUGGACGUGGUGUGUGUGAACAGCUAUUUCUCCUGGUAUCAUGACCCUGGCCACUUCGAGGUCAUCUCCAUCCAGCUGAACACCCAGUUUGAGAACUGGUACGGAAUGUACCAGAAGCCCAUUAUUCAGAGCGAAUACGGGGCGGACGCCGUACCUGGACUGCACAACGAUCCUCCUAUGAUGUUCACAGAAGAGUACCAGAAAAUAGUCCUACAAAAUUACCACAAUGUGUUUGACCAGAAAAGGAAGAAAUAUGUCAUCGGCGAGCUCAUUUGGAAUUUUGCGGAUUUUAUGACGGCACAAACCAUCACUCGUGUUGUGGGGAACAAAAAGGGCGUCUUCACACGUCAGAGGCAACCCAAAGCUGCAGCCUACCUCCUGCGGGACCGCUACUGGAGAAUAGCCAAUGAGACGGGCAUCCUUCCGGUCUGGGCUAAGUACCCUUGCUCUUAACGCGAGGCCUAGACUCGACUGGGCACAGUGAAAUGGAGGCAUACAACUACCAAAGUGCCUUUUUUUGUUGCUAUACUUAAUUGUGAAUCUACAUCAGAGCUGGAAUUAUAUUGUUGUUUGUAUAGUCCCAGUAAUGCCUGAGAAUUGUAUUUCGGUUCAUCACAGGUGGCUUUCGACAUCAGGUGAAUCAGGCUUUUGUUUUAUUUGUUUUUGUUUAUCACUCAUUUGAGUGCUUGGAUUGUGGGGGAAACACACAUGUGCACACACAACACAGAAUUGCUUGCGUGGUGAAAAAAGGUGACAUUUUUGUGUGAAAAAAUACUUCCAUGGAUUCAUCAUCUAUCAUUUAAUUUACCCAUUUUAUACAUUUCAUGUCUUAUAUGGUUGUGGCAGCAUUUAUUUCGACUGCAACACUGAAGUCACUUUGUUUUUAUUGCUGACAAGCAUACCAGUUAUCAGUGUCCCUCCUUUGAAACACAGUCCAUCAAUUCACCCUUUGUGUUGAGAACAUUCCAAACAUCCAUGACAUUCCACCUGCUUUUACCUUGUACCAAUAUACACUGAAAUUCUUGAACUAACUGCAGCCUCUGUGCUUACAGAGUAAAAGCCCUUUAAACAUUGUAUGAAAAUGCACUGGUUGCAAGGACUAGUCACAUCACCUUUUACAUACAUGUCUAAGUUAUUCUAAAUCUUGCCCUUGAGAUGGGAAAACAAGAUGCUGUGAUGUCCCUCAACCAGUAACGUUAUGUGCAGCUGGCCUGUCCUGUACUUUGGGUUGUCCUGUCCAAAUGGCGUGAAGCACUUGAAUGUAAAUGUGACACCCUUGCCUGCCUAUAUGUUCCGUCCGUCUCCAUUUAGUGCAGAAUACCAGCAGGUUGAGGUGACCCUAUGCUGCCAAACCAUUACAUUUGUGUCUAAUGGUUAAUUCUGUAUUCUACGCAUAAUAACUAUUGCAGAAGAGAUCACAUUGUGUAAUUGGUAUACUCUGCAGGCUUCCCCCUUUCUAUGCCGGACAAUGAUCCAUGAGAAUUGUAUGCCAUUUUUAAAUAAAUUCAGAGUACAUGUGUGUA